ACAUAGUCAAAACCUAGUUGGCUGGGAGAAGGACACUACUAAUCUUACUACUUGUAAUAUACAUACGAAACUUGAAAAUGUCGAAAAGCUCGAGGAUUUCCACUGGUGAUAAUGUGCGCAAAACCACAACGACUGUGCCAGUGGUGAAAAAGGCGCCCCCUCGCAGUCGAUCCUACGAUGGAGAUGCGUUCGUCAACAUGUUUGUCCGUCGCGGAGCAAAGGACAUCAUUAUCCUGGAUAGCCAUGGAGUGCCACUGCGAUCCACUUGCAGCCAGAGACGCACCUUUUUGUUCGUCUCCAACCUGAAGCCGCUGCUCUUCAUGGCUCGCAACGUGGUCAGGGAUCUGGACCCCUCCAACGACAUAACCUUCAUGCGCAUCCGCUCCAAUAUGGGCGAGAUCCACAUGACCCUCGGCUCGGACUUCAUCCUGAUCAUUGUGCAGAAGCUGAGGAGGCUCAGGAGCAGCUCCAUGACAUAAAACACUCCCGGUCGCUGUGCGUGUGCGUGUGCGUCUGCGGCGUGCGAAAGUUAAUUGUGCUGUGUUUCCCAUAUUUUCACCUAAAUUAAAUUGCAUGCAAUUGCGGCAAACGAGCAGAGGUCGCACUGGUUUCGCCGGGAAAUUCGGAAAUUUUUGGAAACGUUGAAAAUUUAGGAAAUGCCCUGCGAAAGCAGCGCAAACUAAUCCGUUUAUGCAGCGCUUGCAAUCCAGCAACCGCAUCAAAGCUGCAAUUAGUGCAGCCUUCGAUGUGCCAGUUGUAUCGGCAUUUUGGAAUUCAACGACCUCUCAAUUGGGUCCGCCACACUCAUUAAUCUUCUCCGGUCUCUGGUCUCCGGCCUCUGGCCUUUGGCUUCCGAAACCCACGAUGCAGCUUCAUUAAAACCCAAUCACGCGGCUGUCAGUCCGCCAAAAACCCCACUGCAGAUUAGAGAUAACCGGAAAAAUUAAAGGAUAAUGGCAAUUACACUUCGGCGGGCUCACAACGUGACUUCCGUGAAAAAUGGUUACACAAUAAAAGUAUUUCAGUUCGAUGCGGAUGCCAAGAUGCAUCAAUGGCAUCACCUCUAUGAAUCCAUUUGGAAAAAUCCACAAAAUUCUGUGUAUCAGUUUAGAGCCAAUAAAACAUAUUGAUUCAUUAGGUGCGAUGAA